GUCGUAUAAAGAUCUCCCCGCCGCACCAGGCCAUUCCCACCAGCAAGACCAACAAACCCACUUCUGACUGACCACUGUGCCGCGCCGUGGUCACCGGACGGACACACAGAACGACGAUGGCCGCGUCGGCGCUGCACCAGACCACCAGCUUCCUCGGGCAGGCCCUGGUCUCCCGCGCCGCCGGCGUCGAUGCCGGCGGCCGCAUCACCAUGCGCCGCACCGUCAAGAGCGUUCCCCAGAGCAUAUGGUACGGCCCUGAUCGCCCCAAGUAUCUUGGCCCGUUCUCCGAGCAGACGCCGUCGUACCUGACCGGCGAGUUCCCCGGCGACUACGGGUGGGACACCGCGGGCCUCUCGGCCGACCCGGAGACAUUCGCGCGCAACCGGGAGCUGGAGGUGAUCCACUCCCGGUGGGCGAUGCUGGGCGCGCUGGGCUGCGUGUUCCCGGAGAUCCUGGCCAAGAACGGCGUCAAGUUCGGCGAGGCGGUGUGGUUCAAGGCCGGCGCGCAGAUCUUCUCGGAGGGCGGGCUGGACUACCUGGGGAACCCCAACCUGGUGCACGCACAGAGCAUCCUGGCCAUCUGGGCGUGCCAGGUGGUGCUCAUGGGCUUCGUCGAGGGCUACCGCGUCGGCGGCGGCCCGCUCGGGGAAGGGCUCGACAAGGUGUACCCCGGCGGCGCCUUCGACCCGCUGGGCCUCGCCGACGACCCGGACACCGCCGCCGAGCUCAAGGUGAAGGAGCUCAAGAACGGCCGCCUUGCCAUGUUCUCCAUGUUCGGCUUCUUCGUGCAGGCCAUCGUCACCGGCAAGGGCCCCAUCGAGAACCUCUUCGACCACGUCGCCGACCCCGUCGCCAACAACGCCUGGGCAUACGCCACGAACUUCGUCCCCGGCAACUAACUGACUGAGCAACGCCGUACAUGUGUACUACCAUCAGAUCCAUCCAUUCGUUCGUCCGUCCGUCGAGUGAACAGUGUGGUCUUCUCUGUACUCUACUUGUUCAGAUCGUAGGCGUGUAGUAGUUGCACCAGCCGGCGUAUGCUCAUGAUCGAUGUGUGCUCAUCAAUCAAUGUCAAUGGCUGCCUGCUGUAAGCGGUCGAUGUAAACUAAGCACAGACGCAUGUAUCGUCAUCAGUGGAUGAAUCAAUCUAUCGAUGGCCUGUGCCAUUCAUUUUUGAAUCGAUCAA